AUGCGUUUCGGACGGCUCCACGCUCUCGCGGUCGUCCUCCUCGCCCUCCUCCUCGCCGGCGUCGUCGCCGCGCAGACGGAAGAGUACGCGGAAGACUACGCCCCCGCGCCCGGCGGAUCUGAGACCGCGGGCGACGUCCCCGAGACAGGAAUAGGAAUCCCGCGCGACGCGGCCGCGGGACCCGACGACGCCGCGGGCUCCAUGAUCGGCGCGACGGAGACGGGGACGGAGACGUCCGACGAAGAGAAGCGCGCGAUCGACGGGUGGAUCGACGACAACGGCCUGAACCAGUACGGCGACGACGCGGACACGAUGUACGCGGGCGGAUCCCCGCUGUUCGACGAGUCGACGGGGACGCGGAAGGACCGAUUCGCGUACGUCAAGUCUCGGCAUCCGACGUCGCCGUGGAUGACGAGCGACGCGGCGCCCGCGCCCGCGGCGGGGUCGUCGCUGUUGAUGGACGCGGACGACGACGCGGCGGAGGGCGAGGUCGUCACGGACGCGCCGCCGGCGAGGGCGGUGCCGGGUCGGAGCGGCGGCGGCGGCGUCGGUCCCGGCGGCGGCGCGUCUCGAUUUCCCGCGCACUGGGGACCCGAGCCUCAGCCGCAGACGAGGGACUACCGCACGCUCCCGGGGGGAUACGGCUUCGGCAGCGGCACGCUCGCGAAGUGGAUCCAGAAGAACAUGGACGAGGACGCGGCCGCGGCCGCGGAGGCGGGGCCGCAGCCGUGA